GCUAACAUACUGGUCUCUUUUUGUAGAUGUUUUUCGCGUCGUAAUUCUAUUAUUGUUAUUACCAUACGUGUUUCAAGUGUGACUAUUUAUUAUUUUAAUGAAUUUCGAUGUGUUCGUCAAAGUUACGUCGAUGUCGUAAGAACUGACCCUGAAUACGUCGUCGCGUCGUGUACCCGGAACAGUUUACGAGUGACUUUCUAGCCUUCGGUAUGGCACCCAAAGGCAAGACGGACUCGUCCGACGGCCGCCGUAUGAAGAAAAGGAAAGCCAUCACCAUGGAGGUGAAGUUAGAUAUCGUAAAGCGAUCGAGACGUGGAGAAACUCCAACCAGCAUCGGUCGUGUGCUCGACUUAAGCCGCUCCACCGUCGCUACGAUCAUCAAGGAUCAAGAACGUAUUUUGGAGCACGUGAAAGCAUCCCCGCAUAUGAAAUCUACUAUCAUAAGCAAGCAGAACGGCGGGCUCAUGAUGGAGAUGGAAAGAUUGCUAUUGCGUUGGCUUGGGGACCAGCAUCAGCGAGGUCUGCCUGUGAGUUUGGUGUUGAUCCAACAAGAAGCUAAGCGUCUAUUCGAGAUGCUGAAAAGCGAAAAGUGGGCAGGCAGUGAGGGGAAAUCGUUCGUCGCAAGUAGAGGUUGGUUCAUGCGAUUCAAAGCUCGUGCAAAUUUGCAUAACCUUAAAGUGGAGGGUGAAGCCACAAGUGGUGAGCAUGAAGCUGGGAGUGAUUUCCCCAAUGCCUUGGCUGAGAUCAUCAAGGAGGGGGUGAAUGAAUGUUGUGACCAACAAGUACUAGGUGAGGAUUCGCUUUUGAAGCCUACUUUAAAUAUCAUCAAGAUGGAUGUAGAAGCGGUUCAGAAAGAGGAGCCGGAUUCACCGAUCCCUGAGCCUAAGAAGUUCACUUGCAAGAACUUGGCGGCUGGUUUCUUGCUGAUAGAGGAAGGUUUAGCAAAGUUCCAAGCUGAGGACCCCGAUACGAACAGAUACGCCAGAGUCUUCAAAGGGGUGAUGGAUAACCUGAGGUGUUACAAGGAGAUGUGGGAGGAGGAAAAGAGAGCUUCCUUCCAGUCUAACCUCGAGCGGUUCUUCAAGAUGGUCGAGAGGCCCCUUCCGGAUCCCGUACCGUCGACUUCGACCGCUUCCACGUCUCCUGCGAACAAGUAGACUUGAAACAAUUCCCAGUUUAACGUCCUCACUACCUCAUCUGCUUCUUUACCUUCUCCACGACCUUUAGAUUCUUCCUUAGCAUCUCCAUCUUUCCAUCAGCUGAGCCAGAAUCUUCUCUGCAGUCCAGACAGCGGUAGAACUCCUGGAUGUACGUGUAAACGCACUUCCAGUCGGGCUCCUUCAUCCGGACCAAGUCUUCGGGGUCCAGCAGAGGGGGACAGCCGGCCAGCUUCCUGCGGACGGAGACGCGUCAAAAUUGACGCGAAAGGUCACAGGAAGAACGCGGAGCUCACUCUGCGGUGCUGAACGCUAGCUGGAAGUUGUCUCUGGGCUUGUGGGGGUUCAGGAUGGAAUACUCAAAGGCGUCAGGGAAGAAGCGGUGCACCAAGGCGCAGAAAGCGAUGCCGUCCUUCCAGCUGGAGGAAAAGUUUUGGAUGUCCACCCCCUAAAAUAGUGGAGACAGAUGCAAUGAGAGGAGACAGAACAUAAAAAUCCGUCACAUGGGAGAGAAGGGACAAGAUGACCUCAUAUGGCUCCGUUUUGGCCUUGCACCAGUCCAGAAGCAUCUGUUUGACGUUUUUAGCAUUGGGGACUGUGGAGGGCAGGCUUUUUUGGGCAGCUGGAGCAGAACCAACCUUACUAAGGAGAAUUAAAGAUAUCAGAGUACGCAAGUAUUGAAAAUGCCAAGACAAAGGGGGUUCUCGCUAUGCGACAGUGGUUAAGACUUGCAUACAAAAUCUGGGUUAUAGAUUUCAGAACAAUGCGAAACAAACUGAAGACCCCCUGGACACAAAAAUGGAGUUUUAAAUACUGUUUGUGCACAUUAACAUGUCAUGCAAUAUUGUUUUAAUGUAUUAACGGGACUCUUAAAAGUAGUCCGAAAUGACGAAGAAUAUCGUCAAUUUAUAUUAUACAAAUUAACUGUAUUCAACUGUGAUAGGCUCCAGCACCUCCGUGACCCUCGUGAGGAAAAGCGGCAUGGAAAAUGAAUGAAUGAAUGAACUGUACAGUACUGAUAUUUCUUAAAUGAGUUACACAGAACUACCACUAGAUGUCCCAAUACCAGCAAACCAGUUGUGAUAAAUCACCACACAACACAAACAUAUGGUGCAGAACUAUUGUUAUUGUGAUUUUUUUCAUCAUAUCGUCCAGCACUACAUUUUUUUUUUAUUUUUUAUAUUAAAUGAACAAAUAUUGAGAUUUAUUUCACCCAAUAAUGGCCUUACACUCAUUUUUAAAUACGAAUAGUGUUGCACCAAUACCAUUAAUUUGCUUCCCAAUUCCGAUACUGUACAAAUACACUUUUUUUUUUUUUAAUACUAAAUUAAAUUAAUACGUAUACACUUGACUGUAAAGUAACUGUUCUUCAGACUUGGUUAGUGUUUAACUAUCCGCUAUUGACAGCGCUAGACGUCCAAUCCGCUUGAGGCGGGAGGAUGGCAGGGGCAUUAAAAGGGAAGUUCAGAAUUUUUUACAUUAGGCUUACUCUUCGAGUCGGUGGAGUUGAUUUUAGUUCUGCAACGAUUAAUCGAUUAACUCAAUUCGAUUAAAGAUUUGAAUUGAAUUUUGCUGCUUCGAGUAUUCGUUUUUAAUUAUUGUAAUGGUUUGUUUUGAAAGUGUUUGCAUUUAGUUUUAUUGAUUCGGGUGGAUACACUACCCUCUAGUGGCAACAGUGAAUAUGACAUACAGUGGGGAGAACAAGUAUUUGAUACACAGUCAAUGGGAAAACCCAUUGGCAUGUUUUCAGGAUGAAGUUAUUAAAAUGGAAAACCCAUUGGCAGUGUAUCAAAUACUUGUUCUCCCCACUGUAAGUCAUUUCAAAUGGCUGCUCCCUGUUAAGACUAACAUAAGUUUUUGUUUUAGCGAAUGUAUUAAAUUAGUGUCGGGGUAUAUUUAGGUGUUCUUUGUGGGAAUAUGUUUGAACCCUUUUUCGAAAGAGCAUUGUGAAAAAAUAUAUAUAUAACAUUUAAGUUAGUGUUUCUUAUCCAAUUACUCAAUUUUUCUAACUAGUUCAUCAAUUAAUCGACUAUUAAAAAAAUCGAUAGCUGUAGCCCUAGUUGAUUUUAACAAAUUCUGUGCAGUUUGUUAGUUAUUUGUUAGUUGCAGGGCUCCGGAGUGGCUAAGCUAGCGCUGGUCAGUGGCCCCUUCCUAGCAUGCCAACAAAAAACUACAUAUGCACGCAUGAAAAUCACUGAUGACUCGUGCAAUCAAUGUUUUCAGGAUGAAGUUAUUAAAAUUUACCAUUACAUGUCAAUCACAGUAGUAUCAUAACAGCAACAUUUGUAAUCCAGCAGCUCUGUAGGUAGCAGAGUGGAGUGAUAUUUUUUUCCACCGGUGUGUUUAUGUAGUAGCCAGCAACAAGUAUCCAGUUUGUAUUGUUCCUUGUUCUUCAUAGAGAAUUUGUGGAAACUCAUUUGCCCAUUUCUUCUGUUUCCACUGCCUCUAAAUGCACGUUUAACUAUGUUGCCGUUCUUCAGUUAAGACUCUGUAGACUUAUGCUCCAUUCGAGGAAGGUAGGAACUUGUAGGCCUGAACGAUAUUGCAAAAAACUAUUGCAGCGAUUUUUUGGGGGUUUGCGAUAUUAAAAAUAUAUAUAUAUACACUGUAAUUUCUGGACUAUAAGGCGCACCUGACUGUAAGCCGCCAGCCACCAAAUUUGACAUGAAAACGGCAUUUGUUCAUAGAUAAGCCUCACUGCACUAUAAGCCGCGGUUGUCCUCAUUGUAUGAUGGGAUAUUUACACCAAAAGAUAUUAACUGGUAACACUUCAUUUGACAAUGGCACCAUAAGACUGUCAUGAGACCAAAUGAACCACAAUUAAGCUUUGAGCCAAUUGGCUGCAAAGCCUUAUUGUCACUAAAAGCUUCAUUUGGCCAUCACUGCUUCCUUGAGGUAGACAGUCAACCUCUGCUGCCACCUGCUCUCAACACUGUUGUCAUCCAACAUUCCUCCUAGCAUGCAUGGCGGUGCUACAGAUGUACAUAACAGUCAUGUUCUGUGCUAAUUAUUUCUUCAGUUACUGUUCCGGUUGUUUCAUUAAUUGCUAGUUAUGGUAUUUGGCAACAUUUUCUUGGAUAGUGGUGCCAUAAUACUGUCAUAAGACAGUCGUAAUUAUUACAUGACACUGUCAUAAGCAUUAAUGAAUGCUUAUAAUAGAUGUCGGUUAGUGUCAUCCAGCAAAUUAUCUCACUUUUGAAUGGACGUAAAAGAUCUGAGCUGGACAUAAAUGGAUUUAGUGACAUAAUAUGCCACAUGACACAUAUUGACAUCUGUUAUAAGCAUUCAGUAAUGCCCAUGAUAGUUUCAUGUCAUAAUUAUGAUGUUCUUAUGACAGUCUUAUGAUUCCGCUGUUAAAUAAAGUGUUACCUAUUAACCCAAAUAAAUCAACAAAUAAGCCACCCUGGGCUAUAAGCUGCAGGAUUCAAAAUGAGGGGGAAAAAGUAGCGGCUUAUAGUCCGAAAAUUAGGGUAUAUACAGUGUUGUUUUUUUUUUU